ACCUGUUGUUAAAGGAGAAGCGCGCGCACAAGUAAACACAGUCCCACGCGUUCAAGUCUGACCGUGAGUCACCCGUAAAAGUAGAGGCAAGACGCCGCAGUUGGACUCGAACAAGAACCGAUCGGAAUACGUACGAAUAGAGGGGCUUCCUGUGGAUUAUGUUUGGUCUCAUUCAAUUCUAGCCUGCUUGGGUCAUCUUUUAGCGUCUGGAACUUCAUCGGCUGGCGAUGUUUCCGGAUUCUGCAGCGGCACCAAUCAUCAUCUUCGUGGCAGGCCUGUGUUAGGUGUGAGCCCUGGGUGGAUCCACCGGGUCAAGAAAGCAUGCUUGCUGCAAUGCUGCGCCAGAGUACUGGUGGAGGAUCUGGAGGUAGUGGUGGUGGUGGUGGUGGCGGAGGAGGACCCAAACUCCCUCUGGGCAUCUCUCGAUUCUCCAGCUCCAGUUUGAGCAAUGUCACGUUGGGAUCGUCAGAGUCCGGCAAGGUCUCCAAGGGCCGCCCAAUGGACUCUCCCAACCUUGAGAGCCUCGCCUCAGACCCCAACUACAUCAUGCAGAUGGUCAGCGAUGUACGCAAAUUUGCUGAUGUAUUGCUCCAGUUCAAAGAAGUUUUCGUCUCCAGAGAGAACCAAGCCUGCCUCCACAAGGCAGUCCACGAACGUCUCGGGGAGAUGCUGGCAGUCCUGACGACGGUCAUCAGCAAACACCAGAGCCUCAAUUCUGUUGAUAUCCUGAGUUCAGCUGGAACUGUCAUCACUACAGUGGAAGGAGUGAAUUUUGAGGAGGUGAACGAAGGGAACAAGCAGAGUCUUUUCAGGAACAUCUACUCUGCAAUUGACAAAUUGGCAUUCACCGUUGGCUAUGUUGUGUCUGAUUUCCUUAUGGGAGAUGUAGACAAUGGAUCGGUGUUAGGGCUCCCCCUAACUAAGAGAAGCAGGUCUUCUGACAACUUGCCGGUGGAAUCUGGAGGAGCCGGCUCCGAGAAAGAUGAUCCGCCAGUUCCUGUGAUUGUCACAGGACCACCAUUUCGGGUCGAAGAGGUGGAUAGGACGCUGCAGCAGCAGGACAACGGGGUUGAGUCAGCACUGCGCUACGCCAAGGCCUGGUCCAAAUACACCAAAGAAGUGCUUGGCUGGGUGGAGAAACGUCUUAAUAUGGAUAUUGAGUUGGCGAAGAGCUACAACAAAAUGGCUGAAUCUGCAAAGAUCCUUGCAAGUCAACAGGAAUUCAUGCCUUUCCGUGACAUCUACAUGGCUGCUUUCAAAAAUGACAUUGACUACAGCAAGCUUGUACUUAACACUACAGCACUUCUCCAGAGCAACAAAUUCAUGCAGCCUCUAAUGACCCGAAAAAAUGAGCUGGACAAACUACGAAAAGAGAUGAAGGAGCAGUGGCAGAGAGAACAAAAGAAAAUGCAUGAGGCGGACAGCGCUCUAAAAAAGGCUCGGAUGCUGCAGGAUCAGCGUCAAGAGGAGUAUGAAAAGGCCAAGGUAUCCACCAGCCGCCUGGAGGGGGAGCAGAUCGGAGGAGUCGCAGGAGCAGCUGCAGCAAAACAACUAGAAAAGCGGCGCAGGUUGGAAGAGGAGGCCUUUCAGAAGGCCGAAGAGGCGAGGGCGCACUGCGAAGCUUGUCAGGUUGACGUUGUGGAGAAAAGAGUUGAUCUGGCCAAGACCAAGAGUGACAUCAUCACUCAGCUCCGAAAAAUGGUCUUUCAAUGUGACCUCACCCUUAAAGCUGUCACAGUGAAUUGGUUCCAACUCCAGCAGGCUCAGGUUGUAUUACUUCCAGUCAACCACCAGAGUCUGUGUGAAAAUGCCAAACUGUAUGAGCCUGGGCAUCGCUAUGUUGAGUUUGUCCGGAAGUUGCCCCCUGAGUCCAACUAUUUGGAUUCAUCUUCUUCAUCAAGUACAGGAAUACCUCUGACGAAACGUGGACUAAGUGGCAGUCACUCAUCGCACAGUAACCUGUCCCAAGGAUCCGUGACAUCCGACCUCCUUGGCACUGAUGAGAUUGACGGGUCCAACAACACCACUCAACAAGCCAAGAUUUCAGAACGGCGCUCCAGCAGCAGCAAUGACAUCCAAGCACUUCGGAUUCGUCCCUUGAAUUCGACGACUCAGUGUGGAGGAAUGUGCAGCGACUCGGAAAGUGUAGGAGGGAGCAGCGAGUCCCGAUCCAUGGACUCACCCACAGCCAGCCCAGGAGACUUUAAGAGGAGAUUACCCAGAUCCCCCUCUACUGGCACCAUGUCAUCUGCCGAUGACCUGGAGGAGCGGGAGCCCCAAUCGCCUUCUGAUAAUGGUAUAAGUGACCUUUUAAUAGAGGUAGCCAGCUCCCCGCGUCCUUUUAGAAACACACAGAUGUCCAAAGCUGCUCAAACCCACAAGCUGAGAAAACUUCGAGCGCCCUCCAAGUGUCGAGAGUGUGAUGGGCUGGUGGUGUUUCAAGGAGCAGAGUGUGAGGAAUGUUCAUUAGCCUGCCACAAGAAGUGCCUGGAGAGCCUGGCCAUUCAGUGCGGUCAUAAGAAACUCCAGAGGAAGCUUCACCUCUUCGGUGUCGAUUUCACGCAGACCGCAAUGAACAGCCAAGAUGGCAUCCCGUUCAUCAUCCGCAAAUGCACAUCGGAGAUCGAGACCAGAGCGCUCAACGUCAAGGGUAUUUACCGCAUAAACGGUGCCAAAUCCCGUGUGGAAAAACUCUGCCAAGCGUUUGAGAAUGGCAAGGACUUGGUUGAGAUGUCCGAGCUUUACCCUCACGACAUCAGCAACGUACUCAAACUCUACCUGAGACAGCUUCCGGAGCCACUUAUCCUCUUCCGCUACUACAAUGAGCUUAUUGGUUUGGCCAAAGUUAGCCAAAGUGUAAUUCUGGAGGAUUUGGAGGCAUUUCGCCUCAUCUCCUCUCCAGUGGCCCCAGCUCAGGUUGGCGUGGCGCUCAACCGCAUCCUCUUUAAGCUCAAGGACCUUCUGAGGCAGCUCCCACUGACUCACUACAAGACACUGCAGUUCCUCAUAGAGCAUCUUCAUCGGGUGACUGAGCGAUCUGAGGAAAACAAGAUGACCGCAAGAAACCUGGGGAUCAUCUUUGGUCCAACACUCAUCAAGCCAAGGCAGUCAGAUGCUGAUGUUUCCCUCUCCUCAGUGGUGGACUACCCCUAUCAGGCGCUCAUUGUAGAGCUUCUUAUCAGACACUACCAGAUGAUCUUCGACACCCCCCUCAGUCCCCUGACGGGGAACUCGCCCACGGAGGUUUGCACUCAACCCUUGCCUGACCUGAGCCCUCCUCACCACGGGAAAGAGCAACAUCUGAGCAGGCACUCUAAAUCUGUGGGCGACAUCCAGGAGUUGAGCUCCAGGGAUUAUAAAAGACAUUCCUCCACUCCUCCAUAUAACUUCUUGACCGAGUAUAAGGACUCAGUACUGCUCCUUCCAGCUGACCAUGAAGGAAAAGAAUUUGAUCCUGCAGAUGAAGUGGAUUCGGAGGCCUGCAAUGGAGUCUGUGACGUCCCAAAACCUAGCGAGCGAAGCCUUUAUCGCUCUCCGCACGUUACUCCCACAACCAAGGUCCAUCUACGACACCAUCGCAACAAGUUCUCUUCCCGGCCAGCUAGCAUGCCCGUGGAAAGAUUCUACAGCCGAAGUAAAGAAGAAGAUAAUCCCACCUGGAGUAGCAUUGAUGACGAUGAUAGAAAAGGAGACCGCGGUAUUCAGUCCAUCGAAGAGGUGGACGAAACUGACGUGACCAAAUUGCGAGCCAGCACACACUUCCGAAGCACAUGUAUUGACACCCAGACGUUGCGCAGAACUUGGGACAAACAAUACAAGCACCAUGAUAUUUCUUCUAGAACUGACAAGAUUGUUACCAGUACAGCAGAUGAUGAAAGCAGUACACCCCCUUCUGUGUCAGUUUCAUCCUCAGCUUUGCCCCUUGAGGACUCCAAGAGCACCGUUACCACCACAAAUGGACCUUACUGCAAUUCAGUGCAGAUGUCUUUGCGACCCAUCAGGACUUUAAGAAGGGAAGACAAUGUAACCAAAUACAACAUUGUUUCGAUGGGUUUCCGUGCUUCCAGGACGCUCCAGCCGCCACCUGGAACAUUCUACAAGCCUCCAUCAGGGAGUAAAACUAAAUCACUCAGCGUAAUAGCUAACAGCACCGAAAGCGAACAGGGGGAGGAUGAAGACGAGGAGGAGGAGUUGGAGAUUGAGGUGUCUGUGGAUGAGCCUCUUGAGGAGGACACAGAGGCAGAGCAGGCAACCGCCUCACCAUCCCACAGUCUGGAUCUAGAGGACAUGGGCCUAAACCAGGCCAGACCAGUUUACCAGAGACUAAGAUCCAGGAACCUGCAAGAAGUUGAACACAGAGAAGCUCAUUUUGUGUGAUACAGAAAGAUCUGCUUUGACUCUACGUGGUAAAAGACAACAUUGGUGGUCCUGUGUGGACAAGGGGGAAAAAAAAAUCCUUCCCAAAACGGAACCAGAAGGCACUUAAAUUCAUUUGCUACCAGCCUUCUCAGUGAACACGGAUAUUUAACUUUUAAAGCCGUCGAUGGCGGUGAAUGUCUUUUAAAAGGGUGUCUAUUUUUAGAAACAAAUCACCAAAAUCACUACACAGGCACCAGGAUGGACUAUUUAUAAUUCUUAAUCUGCAAUUGCAUUUUAUGUGAAUAUUUUGUAUAGAUUUCUUCUGGACUCAUUGUCUAGCAUUCUAUAUUUGUAUACCAAAAAGUCUGUAUUUGAUGAUUCAUAAUAGAACAUGUAGCCACAGCACUAAAAAAAAACAAAA